AUUAGGGUUUCCUUACAGAUCUCAUUCAUCCUUCGAUUCUCUUCUUCUCUCUGCGAUCUCUCUGCAAAUCUCUCUCUCUCUCUCUCUCUCUCUCUCUCUGAACUCUGAUUGGAUCUUCUGUGUUCGAUCAUGGAGAUGGAACGUGUGAUCGAGUUUCCACACACGCACAUGGAUCGUCGUCCCAGAAAGAGACCGCGUUUGGGUUGGGACGUUGCUCCUCAGGCCCUUAAGGCUCAGCUAGGAAUGUUUUGUGCACAAGAGGUUGGGAAUGUGACAAGCUUUGCAACUUCAAGGGCACCCUCAGACCAUACUAGUUCCUCUUUGUUUGUUAAGGGAGUGGCUCGAAAUGGUUCUCCCCCAUGGCGAGAAGAUGAUAAAGAUGGACAUUACAUAUUUGCGCUUGGCGAAAAUUUAACUUCUCGCUAUAAGAUCCAUAGCAAGAUGGGCGAAGGCACCUUUGGCCAGGUGUUGGAAUGUUGGGACAGAGAAAGGAAGGAAAUGGUUGCCAUUAAAAUUGUUCGUGGUAUUAAGAAAUAUCGUGAAGCAGCUAUGAUAGAAGUUGAAGUAUUGCAACAGCUUGGGAAACAUGAUAAGGAUGGCAACCGUUGUGUGCAAAUAAGGAACUGGUUUGACUAUCGUAACCAUAUCUGUAUUGUGUUUGAGAAGCUUGGACCAAGCUUAUACGAAUUUCUACGGAAAAACAAUUAUCGCUCAUUUCCAAUUGAUCUUGUCCGUGAGAUUGGCAGACAACUGUUGGAAUGUGUAGCAUUUAUGCAUGAUUUGCAUCUUAUUCAUACGGAUUUGAAGCCUGAGAAUAUUCUUCUAGUGUCUUCAGAACAUGUUAAAGUUCCAGAUUACAAGGGUUCCUCACGAUCGCCAAAGGAUGGUUCUUACUUCAAAAAAGUGCCAAAAUCAAGUGCCAUCAAGGUAAUUGAUUUUGGCAGCACAACUUAUGAUCGGCAAGAUCAGAGCUACAUUGUAUCAACUCGACAUUAUCGGGCACCAGAAGUAAUUCUGGGGCUUGGGUGGAGUUAUCCUUGUGAUGUUUGGAGUGUUGGUUGCAUCUUAGUGGAGUUGUGCUCAGUAUGUUUUGAUGAUGCUUGUACUAGUACUUUGGGAGAAGCAUUGUUUCAAACCCACGAGAAUUUGGAACACCUUGCCAUGAUGGAAAGGGUACUUGGUCCUCUUCCCCAGCACAUGCUAAAGAGAGCAGAUCGUCAUGCGGACAAGUAUGUCAGAAGGGGGAGAUUAGAUUGGCCAGAAGGUGCCACCUCAAGAGAAAGCAUCAAGUCCGUUCUAAAGCUUCUACGCCUUCAGAACCUAAUUAUGCAGCAUGUAGACCAUUCAGCAGGGGAUCUGAUACAUCUCUUGCAAGGGUGUCUGAGGUAUGAUCCGUUAGAGAGGUUUACUGCACGGGAGGCCCUAAGGCAUCCUUUCUUUACGAGAGACCAUCUAAGGAGGACAUAGGUGUUGUGUUGGUAGAGAGAGCUUUGAGCUUGCAAAAUGGAGUCUCAGCUGUUGCAAACGCUGGUUGGGAAAAUGAUGAGCAUUGUUCUACUCAAUUCGUCUCAUCUUUGUUGCAAAGAAUGUACAGUAGUUUGGUGGGAUUAAUUUAACCUCCCAUCCCAAUCAAGUUGCCCUCCACAUAGAUUUAGGGUCUAUUAGUUUGUAAAUACCUUUGGUCAAAAAUGAAUCUUUUGUCGAUUGGAACCCAUAUCUGAGUUUUUUCAGAAUCUGAUUAUUUGUUAUGCAA